GCUGCGCCUGCGUUGGGUAAGGUUGGGUCCAAGUCUCCGUGUCGUCUCCACGACUCCACUUGCUCCCUCUUCGCUGGCUGCUUGCGGCAACUCCCAUCCCCACGCGCUCCCCGAUAUUUGAGAUCUCGCCGGCGAGCGGCUGACGGGGAGGGAGAGGCCCGCCGGCGAUGGGGAACUGCUGCUCCGACGAGGCGGGCCACGGCGGCGCCCACCCCGUCGGCCCCGCCGCCGCCAAGGCCGCCUCCGCAGCGGCCGAUCGCUUCCUCCGCUCCCGCGGCGCCGGCGCGUCCACGCAGAUCGAGUUAUCUCUCUCUGCAUCAAAUUUGGGUGAUCAAGAAUAUUUUCCCAAGAGUAACCCCAUGGUGGUUGUGUACUCCAAAAGGAAAGAUGGACCACUUGAAGAAAUCGGGCGUAGUGAAGUAACUUUAAAUUCUCUGAACCCAUCUUGGAUGACAAAAAUCAGUGUGCAGUACCAGUUUGAGGUUCUUCAGCCAUUGGUGUUUCAGGUUUUUGACAUUGACCCACAGUUACAUGAUGUCAGUGAAAAGAUGCUUAAGCUAGAGGAGCAACAGUUUCUUGGAGAGGCUACCUGUCUUUUGUCAGAGGUUGUCACCAAGCGGGACAGACUGCUGACUCUGAAGCUUGGUGUCUCCGAACACAACUUGCCAAAUCCUAGUAAAUUUGGUGAGCUAACUGUUCAGGCUGAAGAAAGUGCAGGUUCAAAAGCAAUUAUGGAGAUGGUAUUUCGCUGUUCGGAUCUUGAAAUCAAGGAUCUUCUCACAAAGAGUGAUCCGUUCUUGCUAAUAUCUAGAAUAUCAGAUAGUGGAAUGCCUGUUCCAAUUUGCAAGACAGAAGUAAGAAAGAAUGAUCUCAAUCCUAGGUGGAAGCCAGUGAUUCUGAAUCUCCAACAGAUUGGAAGUAAGGAGAACCCUCUAAUUAUAGAGUGUUUUAACUUCAGUAGCAAUGGCAAACAUGACCUAGUCGGCAAGAUAGUCAAAUCUGUAGCAGAAUUGGAAAACAUGUACCAUCGGCAGAAUGGUGAACAUUUUUUUGUUCCAGCCAGCAAUGCACAUGAAUGUCACAGUAAGGAGGUAUUAAAGAGUCAGCUAUAUGUAGAGAAAUAUGUCGAGAGCAAUAGGCAUACUUUUCUAGAUUAUAUUUCUGCUGGGUGCCAGUUGAAUUUUAUGGUAGGCGUAGAUUUCACAGCUUCAAAUGGAAAUCCACGUCUCCCGGAUUCCUUGCAUUACAUUGAUCCCUCAGGUCGGCCGAAUGUAUAUCAGAAGGCAAUACUGGAAAUUGGCGAUGUUCUACAGUACUAUGACCCAGCUAAGCGUUUUCCCUCUUGGGGCUUCGGAGCAAGACCUAUUGAUGGUCCUGUUUCCCAUUGUUUCAACCUGAAUGGCAGCACUUAUCAACCUGAGGUUGACGGAAUACAAGGAAUUAUGUCAGCUUAUAUCAGUGCACUUCGUAAUGUAUCAUUGGCUGGUCCUACUCUCUUUGGUCAGUUGAUUGGCACUGCUAUGGCAAUAGCUAGCCAAUCUCUCGCUGACAAUCAACAGAAAUACUUUAUUUUGUUAAUAGUCACUGAUGGUGUGGUAACUGAUUUUCAAGAGACUAUUGAUGCAAUCAUAAGGGCAUCAGAUUUUCCCAUGUCCAUCAUUGUUAUUGGAGUUGGGGGUGCUGAUUUCAAGGAAAUGGAGUUUCUAGAUCCUAAUAAAGGAGAGAAACUGGAAAGCUCAACCGGAAGGGUUGCAUCAAGGGAUAUGAUACAGUUCGCCCCAAUGAAGGAUGUGCAGGGCAGCGGGGUGUCGACAGUACAGUCACUUCUUGCUGAGAUACCAGGGCAAUUCAUGACAUACAUGAGAACAAGAGAAAUUCAAACAAUAGUAUGGAUGCGUUAAGAGGUAGAUGAGAGAUUCAUUUCAUGGAGAUGCCAACAUCAAAUCUGUGAUCUGAGCUUGGAUGGCAGGUGGAGAGGCAAGAACCGCAAGGCCUGCUAAUCCGAGAAUUGCUGUUUGUGAAGAGACGCUAGGACCUCCACCAGGCACCACCUUAGUUUCAUGUCAGAAUUUUUACCAAGCUGUAUUCUGGUUCGAGUUGGAUCCCUAGCCUAGCAAUUCGUAAUUGGAAAGAUGCAACUGUCAUCUUUCUCUGUACCUGUUUGUAAUAUAUGACUUUUGGGUUUGAAUUUUGUAUUACCCUUUUAGGUACGUUGGAAUCGGGAGAAACCCUUUGGGAUUGUGUAUUCGAUUUGUCAUCAAGUACCGACAGGCUGCUGCAUGGCUGUUUUCCUUCA